AAUCUUUUGGCGGUUGCACUUUGGGUUUAUGUUUAUAUUUAUUAUUGUUCAAUGUUUUAUGAUUAAAGUAAAAGCUGUGUUGCAACUUGCUAACGAGUUCUUGUUCUAGUUGCAAAGAGGAGGUCCAGAAAUCUUGAUUCUAGGUUUUUAAGUCCUGGGUUUGGUUUAAUUUUAUGUUGGAUUUGUCCGGUUAUGUGUUGGUUGGUUGGUAAUAUUUGAUUAUGUUUAUGAUUGUACUUGUAACUUCCUCAAUUUAGGAAUCGAGAAACAACAGAACCCCACCGUUAAAUAUGAAUAUUUGUUCAUCUAAGCUCUAACUGCAAUAGUGUUUGCUUUUAAAUUAAGCAAAAUUUCAGUUAUGUAAUGAGAGUGACAGCCAGCCAAUCACCCCGCAUGCGUCAGUAUCCAUUGUUCUGUAUUUUUCUUAUAGGUUUGCUGUUUUCACAUUGCUGCAAAUGUACCCAUAUGCUUGAUUUAUUUUGUAGCAAGAAUAGUCUACUGAAGUGUCUGCCUUUGAGUUAUUUCUAUGGAAAACGAAGCAAUUAAGGCUGAUAGAUUAUCCAAAUUCAGCCUUCACAAUCAUGUUCAUUUCCAGUCCUUUCAUGCUGAUUUUUAAGAAUAUGCUUCAGAAGGAUUAAGAGGGUUCAAAGUCUUAAUUUGGGAAUUGUAUCUCAGGCAUGCUUGGACCUUGGUUUUUUUUAUCUUGUAAAUCAUGGUGUGGAGGAAGAACUGCUUAAGAAAGUUUUUGAGCAGAGUAAGAAGUUUUUCUCACUCCCAGUUGAAGAGAAGAAAAAGUUUGCUGUCAAGAAUCACAGAGGUUAUACAGAAAUGUGACUCUAAAGAAGGCUUCUAUGUUGGCACAUUAGCUGAAAAUCACCAGAAUCAAUGGCCUUCUGAAGAAGAUCUGCCAUCUUGGAGAAGCACAAUGGAGGCUUACUAUGAAAAAGUAUUGUCUGCUGGGAUGAAGUUAAUUUCUUUGGUUGCCCUGGCUUUGAACUUGGAUGAAGAUUUCUUUCAAAAAUUGGGAGCAUUGAAUGAACCAAUGGCAUUUUUGCGCUUGUUACACUAUCCAGGGGACGUGGACUCUUCCAGGGAAGGAGUAUAUGGUGCUUCUGCACAUUCGGAUUAUGGAAUGCUCACUCUUCUGCUGACUGAUGGUGUUCCAGGGCUUCAGGUUUGCAGGGAGAAAUCCAAGCAACCACAAGUUUGGGAGGAUGUGCCAAGCAUGAGUGGGGCAUUCAUCGUUAACAUCGGGGACAUGAUGGAGAGGUGGACUAAUUGUUUGUUCCGGUCAACAAUGCACCGAGUGAUGCUAACAGGAGAAGAACGCUACUCUGUAGCAUUCUUUGUAGAACCCAACAAAGACUGUAUAGUGGAAUGCUUGGAGAGUUGCUGCAGUGAGUCUUGUCCCCCAAGGUAUAGAUUUCCACCUAUCCGUAGCUCAGACUACCUGGAAGAGCGCUUCAGACUUGCAGCUACGGCUUCUGCUGAAAAUCAUCGGAUUAACAUUUAACAGCUACAAUUAGUAAUCCUUCACAGUUAUGGAGCGCCUCAAUAAUGUAGGAACAAUGACUGUUGAUAGACUCAUACAUACUUGAUCUUCAAGUGAAACAAAAGAAACUUGCUUUUGUGCUUUGCCACCAAAAAUGCAUCCAAUUAUAUUUAUUCUUCUGUUCUUGGUUGUUCUCCCUGUACAUUAUAAGAUUAGAUCCGAAUCCCAUCCAAUAAAAGCUCAUGAAAGUGAGGUUUAA